AUUCCUGGGAUUCUUCAGGUAACAGGUAAGCUGUUGCAGACUUCACAGACUAAAGAGGGUGAGACAGUGCGUCUGGAACAGAGGAAUGUAGCCUUCCAAGUGGACACAUCCAGUGACAGCCCCUUCCUCAUCUUGCCCCUCACUUUCUACCAUGUGAUUGAUGACAACAGCCCACUGAGGGCCUGGGCUGCCAAAGGUGGUGGGUGGACGGAUCCGGAGCUGGCUGACUUUGAGCUGCUUGUGAUCAUGAGUGCCACUGUGGAGCCGACCUCGGCCACCUGCCAAGUUCGCACCUCCUACCUGCCCGAUGAGAUCCUGUGGGGCUACGAGUUUCCACCUGUCGUCUCCCUCUCCCCCUCCGGAAAGUAUGUAGCUGAUUUUGCCUUCUUUGACAAGGUUGCCAAGACCAAGACCCCACCCCUUUUCAAACAAGCCCCACCUCCAAACACCCGGUCACCGCAACAUCAAGGCAGUGGAGAAAAUAUGGAGAAAAUGCAACUGGAGGAGAGUUACCGGGAGGAAAGGGGGCGGGACAGGGGGCGUGUCCGAGACCAGCUUAGCGUCCGCAUUAGUAACGUCUAGAGAGCGAAAAACAGAUGAAUGAAUGAAUGAAUGAAUGGGGGGAUCAGAUGGAGAUAAAUUGCUUGAGUACUUGUUUGAUUCAGUGUUCGCCAACUUUUGUUUUGAUGCCACUGAGCUAACCUGUUUUACAAGGUAGCGUGCCAGUAGAGUUGGCUAGCGCUGAAAUACACUGGCAUACAAGCGUGAAAUAGAGAAGCGACUAUGUUCGGAAUAGCACACUAACAUACUACACUUGCUGUUUCUGCAGUAUAUAGUACGUAUACUGUGCAUAGCAUGCAAGUUUUCUGUAUGAACAGAACACAAUGAUGAUCUACUAUGGGAACAUGAUUGGAAAAACAUGCCUUUUCCUACAUUUUUGCAAAACUCCAAAAACAUACUUUUAUAUACAACUCACUGCAGUGUCUAGUUGCAGUGAACACUAGUGGCAGUAAAGCACCAACAACUUAUAUUCCUUUUCAAACUAAUUAUGAUUACAAGGACAGAUUAUUGAUUGUGAAAAGCCUAUUUUCACAUGGUACCUUGCGCAAUACUAUGUUAUGAGCUAAUACGUAAUACAUUUUGAUGUUUUCACAUAAUAAUCACAUAGUCAGGUCCAUAAUAUGUUUUUUCUGACAUAGUAAACUUGCUCGAUAGCUCACCCGGUACAGCACUGCCUUGUGAUGCAAAGCGCUAAAGUCUCCUGAAAUACGAGUCAUGAUAAAAGAGCUCAAAGGCUUGUAGAAGCAAUAUAAAAUGUCAUGGUUACCUCAGCAAAUGUAUUUCAUUUCACUUGUGUUAACGCUAUUGGUUGCAUUUAAGGCUGGAUUUAAUGUGGAUGAUGUUAUUUUCAAACACCCUCCGGACAUACAUUUGCAAACUAUACAUUGCUAUAGUGACGUGACAUGUGGCCAAGUAUGGUGACCCA